AUGCGAGAGUCAACAAGUGAAAUGCCCGGAGCAUCUCGAAAUACUGUGGCCAUGAUCUUUGCUCUUGACCAGUCUGCUUUUGCUUUCACUGGACCCCUUCCAUCUCUUAGUAGCCAUUGUUUUGAUUGUGCUUUGUCUUUAAGAAUGCAGUGGUCGCGAUGUGAAAAUGUCAGGAAUAGAUCAAAUGCAGCCUGUUUAGAUCCUACAGAUGGACGAAGAGUGUCUGUAAAUGACAUGAUAAUCCAGGCCAGACUUUCAUACUCAGUGGCCCGCCAUACAUUCCCUUUUACUGAGCACAUGAGUCAGGCUUUUGGCAAUAAGCUAUGCAGUAUGCUCGAUGCCUCAGACUCAGACCUUGCCCUCCGAGGCUUUCAGACUACCAGAGAAGCCUGCGUGGUGCCCACACAUCCAGACCCACCUCGCCUCUCCGGGAGCGCCCGGUGGCUCAAGUCACUCACCCUCGCGGACUCACCUGGUGCCCAGGACCAGCGCCGGCAGGAGGGGCAGCAAGUAGUGCGCGGGGCUGAAUUUCAUGCUGUUGCCUGCCGGGGUCCUCCUCUUCUCGCUGUCUCCGCUCUCUCGCCUCUUCGAGGUCCUGUCGCUCCUCAGAGGCUGUCUCUGUCCCCAGCCAACGAUGAGCCCUUUCCGGCGGCGGACCGACGGAGAUGGACAAACAGACGGGCGGCUCGCCAAGGCAGGAGCUGGGAGCUGGGAGUAUCUUCGCGAGUGAUGUCACCGGCAAGGCGAGUCCAGCCCGGGGUUGCUCGGCGCCGCCGCUCCGGAGCCCGGAGGGCGCGUUGUCACCGGUGCUGGAGGCGUGGGGCGCGGGAGGGGGUGCCCAGGGUGGCCCCGCGCGCUCGGUCGCCCGGCUACGCUCUGGUCACUUGGCGAACACCGGCCUGGAGUCGCUCGUUUACUCCCGCUUUUCCCGAGGAUGGCGAGGGGCGGGGCAGGGGCGAGGAGAAACCUCAUCUGCCAGUAAUCGAACUUGCGCCCGUGGCAGGACUGAGACCCAAUUCACCGAGAAAGACUACCAGACGCUUAGAGUCCCACGCAGGUGUCCCCCACCUGAUUAAACUGCGUUUGGAAGAACGUCGUUCUGGAGAGCGUUAAAAUACUGCUCUAAUUAGAAAUGCACAACGCUUUGCCUCAUGCGGAUGGAAGGAGGGCAGGAACAAGCAGCGGCCAGAAAGGUACCGACCACAAAGCCACUGCAAGCUCCUUAACCCAUAAAUGUCACUGCGAAGAGGUUUCGGGACGGUUAAGACGGCCUGCCUGCUUGAGGAUUUUUGAAGAUUUCUGAGCUUCAUCUGAUUCCAAUCUGUGUGUCCACACCAGGUGCUGGCGGUGGGGCUGGAGGCUGGACGCCCAAGUUCCCGCACCUGAAGGAAUCCUUUCUUCAGGAAAAAUUAAACAAAUGCUUCGGACCUGUUCUAGAAAACACAUGUUUACAAACCAAGUUAAAAAAAAAAAGUAGUAUAUAAAUAUAAAGCAAGAAGUCUAACAGAUGCUCAAAUGUUGUUGUGGUUUUAUGAAAGCUAACAGCAAAGCAUUAAACAUUAUCUAAACCUGCCUGCAAACUGUUUUGCAUUUAUAUAGCACUCGAUAUAUUUGAAAAACAUAUUUUUACCAUCACUGAAGUAAGCCACCCCUGCAAACCUUCUCAUUUUGCAAAUGAAUAAUAAAAUGUCAC